AUGACGGCUGGUUCGAUUUCCGAGGAAGAAUUUCUGGCUUCAGUACACAACUUCUUGAAAGUCUCCGCUGACAAUGUCGACGUCUGGCAACUUCACAAAGUACCUUCUAACAGGUACCACCACCACCACCAUCAGGGCCAUGAAAAUCUCAGUUAUCUUCAGAGAAAGUUUUGUCAGCUACUCAAAACCCAGAAAAAAGAAGAAAACAGAAGUGUGUCUUGGGAAUGCAAAGAAAUGGAUUUGGAAGAUAGCAACAGUGUUACCUUAGCGGCAACUGAUGAAAAUGAUAUUACAUGUGACUACCAUGUGGUAUACAGUCAGAGUUAUGCUGUCCCUGUAUUGUACUUCAAUAUGUACUGGAAAGAUGGCAGUCUGCUGGGUUUGGACGAAGUUUGGUCUUUAAUUCCCUGCCACUAUAGAGAUAGAUUCUUAGCUGAACGGUGGACUUUUAUAACACAACAGGAACACCCUAUUGUCCAUCGACCAUAUUUCUACCUUCAUCCUUGUCACACGGCUGAUUUGAUGAAGAAUAUUGAACUCAAAGACAAAAGGAAUUACAUCUUGUCAUGGUUGAGUGCUGUUGGUCCAGUUGUUCGACUUGAGCUUCCACUUUCUUAUGGUUUAUCUUUCGAGCCUUCUGACUGAAAAGUUUUAAAAGUACCUUAAUACAUUCCUAAAGAGAAGCAUUGAAACAAUUAAUUUUCCUUAUUUUAUUUAAUCAUUUCAUUUAUGAAAUUUAUUCUUGAUCUCUGCGAUUGUUUGAUUUUAUUUAAAACUUCUGAAAUAAGUUUGUCUGAUCAAUUCCACUGUUAUACACUUACCCAACACUUACCAGCUUGUUGCUUCGGUGCUAACCGUGGCGUACUGGUUUCAAAUUUUGGCACAAGGCUAGUAAUUUUGUGGGAGAGGGUAAGCUGAUUAAUUCCAGUGAUCAACUGGCUCGCUUAUUUUAUCAACCCCAAAAGGAUAAAAAGCAAAGUCAUUGUCGCUGCAACUGGAACCCAGAGGGUAAAAGAUGCUAAGCAUUUUUCCCACUGUGCUAAUGAUUCUGCUAGCUUGUCACUUUUAACAGUUGCAAUAUUUAAGGAAUAUAUAAGGUGGCAAACUGGCUGAAUCAUUAGCACACCAGGAAAAAUACUUAGCAGCAUUCCGUCUGUUUUUAUGUUCUGAGUUCAAAUCCCAUCAAGGUCGACUUUGCCUUUCAUCCUUCAUGGUCGAUAAAUUAAGUACCAGUUGAACUCUGAAGUCAAUGUAAUCAACUUACCCACUCCCCUGAAAUUUCUGACCUUGUGCCAAAAUUUGAAAUCAAUUUUAAAGGAAUUUAUGAAAUGAAACCAUCUAAAAGCAUUUAGAUGUACUUAAUCUGUAGAAUUUUGACUUCAUUUCAAAUUUUUUUUGUUUUGUGAAAAUCAUUAACCCUCUUGGGACACCUGGGCUGAUUGGUUGGCUCAAGUGAUACAUGAUGAAAGGACUUUGAGGUUGAUCCAUUGACCCGAUGGAACAAAUGUUGUGAAUGAUUGGUUUUGAAGUGUAAUAGCCAAUCAGAGAUCAUCUUUCAGUACGUAUCUUUUUUUUUUUUUUUUACAGAAACAUUUAUGCUUAUUUUAUUUAUUUACAUGUAUUGUGUUGUUUUAGGUUUUCUUAUUGUGAUAGAUGUAUUGUACUGUUUAUAAGCUUUCAUAGAAUAUAUAGUUUUAGAUACUAAUAAAGUAGUUUUAGGUACCUUAUCCUUUGUUUUCUACAUGCACCUACCAAUUUCAAUCUCAACAGAAAAAAAUGUUUAGUCUUUUUCACUACACAUACCAAAAUACCAUGUGUCUCAAAACAGUUAAAUUAAACAGCUUAUAUGGUAAAGUACAAAUGUGUCAGCUUCUAGCUUCUUCAGUUUGAGGCUUCUGUUCAAAUGACUUUGGUCAUGGUGAAGCAUAUUCAUGGAUGUUGGCCCAGAAUCAGCAUGAAAAGGCCACAUUUGAGUUACUCACUUGACUUUUUUGUAAUAUACACAACACAUCCAUGAAGCAUGUUUGAUACUAGAAAGACAAAGUUCUUAAUGGAAAAUUUUUAUAAUGUGAAUUCAAACUUAAAUAAACAACUUUUGCUUUAUCAGAAAAAGAAAAUGAAUUGGUUAUAUUGAAAAUUAUUUCUCUUUCUAUAACUGUGAAUAAGUGUCUUGUUUUAUUUUUCAUUCUUCUUACUCUAUCUCUGUCCUCUUGAUUUAUAAUGAAAACAGUUACUUGGAUAAUGUAAUUGACUAUCAUCUACUGUUCAAACACUCCAUGCUGAAGACACACAAUAAACAGAAAGAGGCAGUCCAUGGAUGUGGAACUUUAGAUAAUAUUAACUGUACAAACAAUAGAACAUCUUGAAUCACAAACCGGUAAUGAUACUUUUGAGAGAUAAAAGAGGAAAAUAAAAGAAAUGAAAUCAUUUUAA